AUGGCCUCUCUACUGGAAGAUAGCUUUGUGACAAGUGAAGCGGAAAUGAACGGUAUAAAUAACGAUGAUAAUGACGUCAUGAACGACAACAACAACAUCAACAAUGAUCUCAACAACAACAACAACAACAACAACAACAACAACAGCAACAACAUCAACAAUGAUCUCAACAACAACAUCAACAAAGAUCUCAACAACAACAACAACAUCAACAAUGAUCUCAACAACAUCGACGAUGACAACAACAACAACAGCAACGACAUCAUGGUAAACUGCGACCAGUUUCUUUCGUUCUCUAUCAUUUUAACUUUUGAAUAA